CAACACGCCAGUCGGAGGCGGAGGCGAGGAGGAGGAGGAGGCGGAGGGUGGAGGAGGAGGCGGCCUCACGACUGGGGCGAGAGAGGUCGCAGGCACGGGGGCCGCCGGGCCGGACGGCCCUCGCGCGCCUGCCCGCCCACGGGGCCUGCACGCCGAGCCCGCAGUGAGGCAGCUGUGGAGGUGGAGAGCCGUAGCGGCGCGCCCCCGUGCCCGGGGAGGAGAGAAACGCGAAAGGCGGGUGCAGGAGCAAGCAAACGAAGGCAACAGAGUUAGGUCCCAGAGUUCGCGCUUGCGCAGACCAGCUCGGAUGGACGACACCCGCACACCAUGAAUUGGUGGUCGCUGGUGGGGGAAAACCUCUGCACUGAGAGGGCCCACAUAAAAUCCACGUAUGUCAGCCCAGCAUACGUGAGCACAGGCUUGUGAAGGCAAGACCGCAGAAACAGUGCGACCGCAGUGUGCUGAGCAACGGUCAGGAGGCCAUCGCAGAAACGCACUCCUUGUACUUGUCGGCGUCCUUGAAGGGAUGGAAUGCCACGACGCCCGGGCCCGAGCAGGAGUCCCAGCCCAGUGGGGGCUCGCAGUGAUCCUCCGUGAGCAGGCGCUGCUCGUACUCCCUCCGGACGCGCAGCAGCUGCAGGCACUGGUCGAGGUACAUGUCCUCGCCCCACUGGCAAGGCCCGCCGCACUUCUCCGCGAGCUGCGCCGCACAGGUGGCACGCCCCGCAGCG